AUGAAUGGCUUACGUUUAGAGGAUCAUGAUGCUGAUUCGAUAACAGCCGUAUGUGGUGACUCAAUUCAUGCUGAGGAUGUAGAAGUUGCAUUUGAUAAUAUUGAUUGCAGUUGUGAAUGGAAACCAAAGUAUAGCUUACCCGAACCCGAACGUAUCGUACCGCGACCC